CGGCCUCCUCCCCUUCGCUUACCAAUAAGAGUAGUGCAUGAGAGCUCGAUGGACGUUGAUCGGGGCCGAUUUGGCGUUGAAACUAGCAUGAUAGAAGGCGUGACCUGCAUCUGCUGAAGCCGUUCCCCUUCGACUACACACCACUAAAGCUUCCUGUGCUCUCUACACCGCUGACCUCCCAUCUGCUCCGGCAAUUUGUCUCCAUUACAGACUCGACAUCCGAAAGACCGCGCAGAAGUACUGGAAAGAUUCCUCAAAAGGUUGGAACGAGUGCAAGCCACCUGGAUAGGUAACGUCGAAGGCAGUGGUUUAGGGACACUUUGGACUACGACUGCUCUAUCAACUAUUUAACCACGAGAGGCGGAUAUUGCUACUCAGUGAGUCGAUUUCUUCGUCUUACGUCCACGGUGUUGCUGUUGGAAAGCCUCGGCUAGGAGGUACGAAAAGAGACCACCAAGCACUGGCAUUACAACAUCGAAGCAAUUGUCAAAGACCAGCUCACAUCUUGACAUCCCUUAUCGGCAUAUAAAGGAGUGUCGACUGCUGCACCCUAGCUCAAAAGCAAUAUUACUCCCAAUAUUCUAACAGAGAGAAUCAGCCAAAAUGCCAGUCGAACUCCGCAAACGUCCAGCGCCCAAAGAGCCCGCAACUGCUCCUCCUCCUACGAAACGAGGUAGUGGCGCCGGCAAUACGGCGAAGAAACUCGCCGAGAAAGCGAAGGCUGCUGUCACAAGUAAGCCCACGAAGGAUGACUCGGUGCAGACAGCAGCUGAAGCACCUACCACGGCGGCCGCUGAGCCUAAGACCAACGGCACUACAGGUGUCGGCGAAAAGAUCACCCUAGACGGCUUCGGCGGGACCCUACAGACGAAUGACGGACAGGACGUUACGCUCAAGGAGCUUCUGGACAAAAGUCUCGCAGGGGUUGUGAUCUUCACGUAUCCGAGAGCGAGCACGCCGGGUUGCACCACACAAGCAUGUCUCUUCCGGGACAAUUACGCUCCAAUUACGGGCGCAUCGCUAUCAAUCUAUGGACUCAGCACGGACAGUCCCAAGGCCAAUAGCACGUUCGCGACAAAGCAGAAGUUACAGUAUGCCCUUCUGUGCGAUCCAAAUGCAACACUGACAUCAGCCAUCGGCAUGAAGAAGCCCGGUCCCGGUAAAUCCACUACCCGGGGCGUCGUCGUAAUCGACAAACAGGGCGUCGUUCGUGUCUGGGAACAAGCAGGCCCCGCGAAAACAUUGGACGCUGUGCUCGAAUAUGUCAAGACUCAAGGGAUGACUGAGACGGGUGCGCCAGCCGCUGUGGCUGCUCCACCAGCCGAAAGUGCUGUUGCGACGGAGGAGGCGGCGAAGCUAGCUGAUCCGGACACGAAGAUGGAUGAGAUGCCGCUGGCCAAGACGCCAACGCCUGAGGAGCAGCAGGCGGCAUCGACGGCAGCAGAGGUUGGUGAGAGUGCCGCCAAGUUGGACGAGGGAGCGGCCAAUGGCGGACUUCUUAAGCCGUGAUAUCACUCUUUGAGGAUAUUAUAUCGAAAAGUUGGCCUGGGAGCAGCUGCUUGUCCGCAUGUGUUCUUGCGCGCCGUGAAAUUAUAGGCAAUAUAGCAUGAUCUCGGCCUCUCCAUCUUCAUAUACUCGCG